AUGGGUGCUGUCUUUGCUAGUAAUGCUAUUAUCAUUAUUAUGAGCAUCGGCGUAUUGUUGAGUAAUGUAGUUGCAGCAAAUGUUUCAAAGUCGAGCAUGGAAUUGAAGGCGUUGACGGAUUUCGGUUGGCCUCAUGACAACUCCACUGCUCAUCAGUGUCGAUGGAAAGGUAUCACUUGUGAUGAUCAUGGUCGCGUUGCAGAGUUAAGCAUGCACUCUCAAGUAGGAUUCAAUGAUGAACUUUGGUGUCAUGAUCUUGGCUAUGUGAAUCCGCUUGUGCUCGCAUCUCUCACUAGCAUUCUUAUCCAAACUUACUCAUCUCAUUAUGUCAUACAAUCGACUCCAAAAUACUGCAUUGGAGCUGGCGCCUAUGGGAGCGUCUACAGAGCUAUACUGCCCACUGGAAGAGUUGUUGCUGUUAAGAAGCUUCACAGAUUUGAAGGAGAUAAUCCUACUUUUGACUCCUCUUUUAGGAAUGAAGCCAAGCUUCUCUCUCAGAUUCGCCAUCGCCAUAUUGUCAACCUUUUUGGUUUUUGUCUGCACCAACUGAGCAUGUUUCUCAUCUACGACUACAUGGAAAGAGGAAGCCUCAUUAGCGUGUUGAAGGAUGAAGAUGAAGCUGUUGAGUUAGAUUGGAAGAAGAGAGUAACUGUGGUGAAGGGCAUUGCCAAUGCACUCUCUUACAUGCAUCGCGAUUCUAGAUUAUUGGAUCCGGAUUCAUCUAAUCAGACUCUACUUGUGGGAACUCGGGGCUAUAUUGCACCAGAGUUGGCAUUCACACUGGCGGUUACAGAAAAAUGUGAUAUGUGUACUUUUAGAGUGUUGGCAUUGGAAGUCAUGUUUGGAGAUCAUCCGGGGAAUUUCAUAUCCUCCUUGACGACGAUGAAGAGAUUCACGCAGUUUGCUCAAAACAUGAUGGUGCAACAACUCUUGGACAAGAGGCUACCAUCUCUAGACGAAGAUGUAAGAUCGUCGAGGGAAGUGGCUGGAGUGAUGAAAACAAAACUCAAAUACAUAAGCUGUGAUCCAAAGUCGCGGCCGUGUAUGAAGGAUGUGUCUCAGGAGCUCGCUAAGCAUCCACCACGGUUGCCAAUGCCAUUCCGCUCAAUAUCAGUGCUUCAUCUCAUGCAUCUAGAUUGA